AGGAAUGGGGGAGGAGAAUGAUGAAGCCUCUACUAAUCUUACUCACACGGUGAAACACAACGCUAUGGUUGUUUCAUGCCGGUUUUCUUUAAAACACUUUUUUUGUGGAGGGAAAAAUCAUCAAAUAACAAGGCGAGAGAGAGACAGGGAGAGUGUCCAACUCUUACGACUAAAACCCCCACCGUUCCUUCUCCUGCUCUGGCCCGAGGUCGCGGUGCCUCAUUGCGCUUACCUAGCAACCCCGGUUUUCUGUGAGGCCGUGGUAUCACUCCGGUCGAGCCGAGCCAUUCGUGCCGAAGCAUAGCUCUCCCACACUUAAACGUGCCGAAGUAUGGCGCUAAAAAUAUUAGCAGCUAUCAUAUUAACAAAGCUAGAUAUUAAUUUAUUCACAAUAAAUUACCCAUUUAUAUGCCAUGUAAUGCAUUAUUAGGGUUACAUAAGGUUCAAUAGGUGAGCCAAUAGACUACUACAGAUGGGGCCAUGCUGGGUCGAUGUCUAGCAGGGGUUGUGGGGCAAGCGCAAUAAGGUGCCGCGACCUCCCCCUUGGGCAGAAGAAGGACC